AGAACAAAAGGCGACUAUAAAGACGUUAGUACCUAGGUAGAACUAUUAGAGGCCAACAGCACCAAGCUCUUCUCGUUUAUUCUUCUCGCCUGCAAAGCUCUAUGAUGCAGCUCCUCAAGCCCAUCCUCCUUCCAUUCAUCCCCUCGUGCAUUGGGAUGAACCUCAACCAGUACACGAGAAACAGUUGUCACGGGGCCAAGCUGGUCUGCACCAACCUCAAUAGCGCGACGUGCUGCUAUUCCCCACACCGGUGCGCUUCAUCGGCGAUGGGGUGGAGAUGGAUGAUGACAACUGUGGUGUUGAGUCUAACCGCACUAAGCUCUUCUCGCUCUAGUGUUACUCCGGCUUCAACUCCCAACACCAUCCCUACCCUGCGGUACCGUGACACAAGAUGCUCGCCUCCCACUUCAGCAACGAGGGUGCGGGAAACUAGUGGGAAGUGCUCAUUCUUCCCGGAAUGAGGAGACCGGCGAUUGCGGAGUUAACGCCAUAAGGCAGCCAGUAAGAGAAGACGGCAUCUUGGUUCCGGGCAGCAGCGAGGACAUAGGAUGGAGUUAACACAAUG